AUGUCUCUCGUCUCCACCCCCGUCGUCGCCGCGCGCGUCACCGCGAAGAAGCACGCGGUCCGCAAGACGACGAUCGCGUCCGCGACCAACACGCCGGAGUCCUCCUCCGUCGCGCAAAAGGCGGUCGCGGCGACGAUCGCGCUGUCUUUCAUCGCGCAGCCCGCGUUCGCGGACGACGCGGCGGACAAGAAGGCGAAGGCCGCCGCGCUCGCCGCGGAGAUGGCCGGCGACCUCCAGGCGAAGAAGGGCGUCGUCAUGGACUCGUCCCCGAAGAAGGUCAAGCAGCUCGCCGCGCCGACGUCGUUCCCGAGCUUCAGCGGUCCGAAGAUCUCCUCCGGCGCGCCCAAGGCGGCCAAGGCGAAGUCCGCGGGGCCGUCGUUCUCGCUCCCGUCCUUCUCGCUCCCGUCGCUCCCGGGCGGCGGCGAGAAGAAGGCGGCCGCGCCGAAGGCGGCCGCGGCCCCGAAGCCGGCCGGCGGCGAAGUCUCCAUCGGCGGCGGCCUCGGCCCCAUCAUGCUCGUGUUGUUCUCGCCGCUCAUCGCCGUCGGCGCCUUCUCGGUGCAGACGCUCCUUCGCGUCAUCCCGCAAGCCAAGGACGGCAAGGAAUUCUUCCCCAAGGACACGAUGCCGUUCUAA